AUGGAAGAUGAAGGUACUGAGGUUACUUGGGCCGUGUUCAGAACUAAUUUCUUAGAGAAGUACUUUCUAGAGGACGUGCGUAGUAAGAAACCGAUUGAGUUCCUUGGGCUAAAACAAGGGAAUUCGGCAGUUGUUGAGUGUGCUGCUAAGUUUGAAGAGCUGGUGAAAUUUUGUCCACAAUAUAAUAGUGUGACAUAUGAAGGGUCGAAAUGCAUCAAGUUCGAAAGCAACUUGUGUCCCGAGAUCAAGAAAGGUAUUAAGUAUCAAGAGAUUCAUCAAUUUUUUGUGCUGUUUGGGAAGCCAAGUCACCGAGCUACUGAAUGUAAGAGUAAUACUUUGACUUGCUAUAAUUAUGGAGAGCGUGGUCACAUUAGUAAUCAAUUCCAAAAACCAAAGAAGGCUCAAUAUGUAGGGAAAGUUUUUGCUUUGACUGGAGCAGAGACUGGUGCAUCUGAUAUAUUGAUUCAAGGUAUAUGUUAUAUUAAUGGUACUUCAUUGAUUGUUAUUAUCGACAUGGGUGCAACACACUCGUUCAUAUCUAGUGAGUGUGUGAAAAGAUUGAAUAUGGGAGUGUCUGCUAUGAAUGGUAACAUGGUCAUUAAUACCCCAACUGAUGGUUCAGUGACUACUUCAUUGGUGUGUGUGAAUUAUCCUUUGACAAUUUAUGCUAGAGAUUUUGGGAUAAACUUUGUCUAUUUGCCUCUAAUUCAACCCGAUGUUUCAAGCCAUGUUACAUGGAGAACUAUGGAUCGAGGGAGAAAGAGGCCAAAGAAGAAAAAGGUUCCAUAA